AUGGAGAAUACAAAUACUAACCAGACAUUAGCUACCCCUACAUUUAAAGUGGGACUUACAUCAGAAGAAAAGAAGUUAUACUCGCAGUUAUUCAAGUCUUUGGAUCCUGAGGGUACAGGAAUUAUAACUGGGGAGAAGGCCAGAUCAACUUUUGAAAAAUCGGGAUUACCGCCGGCUAUAUUGGGAGAAAUUUGGCAAAUUGCUGAUCAAAACAAUUUGGGGUUUUUGACACAGUUCGGAUUUUGUCAUGCUAUGAGAUUAAUAGGUUAUACGCAAUCUGGACAACAUCCUACGUCGACGUUGGGAGAUACACCUGGUCCAUUGCCGAAAUUUGCAAAUUUGAACUUAGUUCAACCACCACCUUUACAGCCACAAUCAACAAAUAGUUCGUUCAUGCAAUCGCAGCCUAGUGCAAUUGUGCCUCAGAAUACGGCAACUCUACAAUCAAAACCUCAAGAUCCAAUUUCAUCGAUUUCAUCUAGUGAUUAUCAAAAAUUUAGUCAACUUUUCAUUAAAACUGUCGGAUCGCCAAAAGGAGAGUUAAGUGGAAAUAAGGCUAGAGAUAUUUUUAUGAAAGCCAAGUUACCUACUACAACGUUGGGCCAAAUUUGGGGCUUGGUUGAUAGAGACAAUAGCGGUAAAUUGGAUAUGCCCAGCUUUAUCAUUGCCAUGCACUUGAUUCAUGGUUUAUUAAGUGGUGUUAUCAAACAAUUACCUCCUUUUUUGUCUGAAAAUGUUUGGCAGUCAGUUCAAGCUCCUGAAGCUAAUUUACAACCUCAAGGUUCGCGUCAAGCCUCCUAUAACUCUAUUAAUUCCCAGCAAACCACUGUUAGACACCCUCCAUCAGCUGGUACACAAAGCCAAUUUCAACAACCUCAAUCACCACAUAGAGAUGUAUCUACACCACAAGGUGCCAAUAGCUGGACAGUAACCCCUACCAUCAAACAACAAUAUGACUCUAUUUUCGAUAAUUUGGAUAAAUCUAAAUCAGGCCAGCUAUCUCCUGACCAAGUAGCUUCCAUUUUAAUGACUUCAAAGUUGAACCAACAAGACUUAGCUACAGUUUGGGAUUUGGCUGAUAUACAAAAUACAGGUAUUUUUACAAAAUUAGAAUUUUCUAUAGCGCUAUUCUUAGUUAACAAAAGAUUAGCCGGAGAUAAAUUACCUAAUAUUGUUCCUGAUUCAUUAAUUGAUUCUAUCAAGAAUAUCGGUGAGCCUCAGCAUCAAUCAAAUUCAGAUAAUAGGAACGCUCCACAAGUAAAGCCUAUUGAAAGGCAGAAAACUGCCAUGGAUGAUUUAGUAGACAUUUUUGGUCCAACGUCAAAUACGAGUAGUGCUGUACCAGCGGUAUCUCCUACUAAUUCCUCAGCUCAUCAUGAUGUAAGUAGGUCGCUUGAAAAGCGUACGUCAAGUAGUGACUUAAGUCAUCCUGGUGAUUUACCAAAAGUUAGGAAAAAUUUGUCACAAUCAUUUCAACCGACGUCUUCUUUUGGUCAAACUUUAAUGAACAAACAUCAAUCUUUCACACCUACUAAAGAAGAGAAAGUAGAAGAAGAUUUAUUGGGUGAAGAUGUUCAUCAUGAAGCUGAGCCAAGAUCACCACCUCCUGUGCCAGAAAGUAAGAAAAUCAAUUACGAUGCCUUAAGAUCUGUUCCUCCUCCGCCAGUGAAAAGUCAACCAUCGACUAUUGGCUCCGUAUCUUCGCCUGCGAAUCAGUCAUCCGCCUCUGGGUAUCAGUCUCCUCCGCCUGUUCCAGUACACAAUCAUAAUGUUGGAGGUGUCUCGCGUGAAGGGUCAUUUCAACAACAGAAAGCAUUACCAAGCCAAAAUGAUGAUUUAUUGGCAGAUGCUAAUCCUGAAAUUUCAGGCCAAUUAUCUCAAGCCACGUCAGAUAUCGCUAAUCUUUCAAACCAAAUAAAAUCCUUAACGACACAGACUUCAGGUUUGCAUGAAAAGAAAAGUCGAGCUGAGCAAGAAUUAUCGAAGAUUUUAUCAACGAAACAAGAUAUUGGAAACAAAUUAAAGACAUUGAGAUCAUCUUAUGAAAGCGAGGUUCAACAAUUUAAUCAAGUUGAGUCCAAUUUGGCCACUGCCAAAGAGGAAACAGAAGCCUUAAGAUCAGAAACUUCUAUAUCGGAAGCAAGAUUUAACAGUUUAACUUCUGACUUGAAUGAAAAGCAAGUUACAAUGGAAAACUUACAAAAAGAAAAUGCAGCAUUGAAAGAAAAGCUAGGUAACUUAAAUGCUGAAAAUGCUGAGCUUCAGAAACAGACCGAAUUGCGAACAAGUGAGCUUCAGCAAUUAACGAACAAGUUGUCGGUUACUAAGUCGCAAGUCCAAGUAGCUCUUGUUAAAAACCAAGAAUUGAAAAAUAAACUUUUAGAAAUGGAAAAUAGUAGUAAAAAUCUACAAAAAGAAGUCGAUCAAGCUGAGCAACAGCACAGUGAUUUCCAAAAUGAAAGCAAAAAUUUGUCUCAGCAACAUGAGGACUUAUCUAAAUUCCAACCUUCUAAAGAGAAUUCUGGUUUAUUUGGUAAUGCCAAGGGUUUAGCUGUCGGAGCUGGUGUUGGUUCAGCAAUCGCUGGUGUUGCAGGUAUGGUAGGUCAUAGUAUGGGUCAUGACGAGUCGUCGACAUCAAAUAGAGAUGAGCAACAAGAAUCAUAUAAUCAGAAUGCUUCGGAUGAACAAAGUUUCAGGUCAAGAUUCAAGGUAAGCGACUUGGUUGAUGAGGUUAGAGACAAGCCAAGUGCAGACUUAACAGGUGUUGAUGAUUUAGAAAAUGUUAACAAAGAUGCAUCUUCAUUCCCAAACGCUUCGGAGCAAAAUAAUGAGCAGGCCACGGAUGAAUUUAGAGAUAGAUUCCCAAGAUUAUCUACUAACGAAUCGACCGAGGAAAACAAUACAAAUGCCACGGCUCCAUCAUCUACGGUAAUGACUGAAGAUACUGAUGGAAAUGAAACUCCAGUUACUUCACCAAGCAAUUCAGACUUUCAAUUCCCCGAAGGAUCUAAUGCUGGCAUUGGCGCAGGUAUGGCGGGAAUGCCUGGUAUGCUCGUUGGGGUUCAAAGAACAGACUCUUUGACCUCUAGUGUUCAAAAUAAUGCUGCUCUAUCUGUUCGUGAUGAUAAUAUUGACGAAGUUAGUGAUCGCGAUACUAUUGAUAAUUUAACUGCCCCUAACACUGCAGGAACUGCUGUUGUUACCCAUAACGAAUUUAAAAAUGACAACAACCAGGAAGAAUCGAGUGACAAAUUAUCAUCAGGGGUAGAAUCUUUUGAAAUGGUGAACUCAGAUGAUGUUAGGGAUCAAUAUAAUUCUCAAGACAAACAAUUUGGAACUGGAAAUAGAGAAUCAUUUGUUAUGAGAAACCCCCUUAAUGUUAGAGAAGAUUCUGAUUUGCCAAAUCCUUCAAUUGAUGAUGAAUUUCCUCCAAUUAAAGAGUUAGAUUAUGAUGAAAGCUCCUCUGAUGAUGAAUCUCAGAACGAUAAUUAUGAUGAUGCAGUAGAUAACUUGCCAAGUCAAUCUAAAGAAGCACCCGUCAAUCAAGCUUCUCAGGAUGAUUUUGACAGCGCAUUUAAUGAUUUGCAACCGGCUGCCCCUGAAAAUCAUGGAAGAGAUUUGUUUGCUGAUGAAUUUGAUAAUCUUGAGGCUGCUCAGGUUGAUGAUAACUUGAAUGAUGAAUUCGAAGGUCAGAACCAAGAUAUUGGGUUCUCUGAAGAUUUCACCAAUGAACCAUUAGGCCAGAGUGAUGCUUCGUAUUCGCAAUUCAAUCAUCAAUCGGCUGAGCAGUCUAACAAGAACUCUAACGAUGAAUGGGAACAACUUUUUGCUGGAUUUGGUAAUGCAGAACCAACCUCACAGACAGUACAAGAGCAUUCUGAAGCAACACAAUCGAAUUCAUCUCAGUAUGAUGCAAUUCAAGAGUUAGUUGGUAUGGGAUUCGAUGAAAACACUGCAGCUAGAGCUUUAGCGAAAGAAAAUGGAAAUUUAGAGGCGGCAACCAAUUAUUUAUUAGAUAACGCUUGA